AGGAUGAAUGGGCCUUAAAAAAUCGAAACAUCAUAACAUUUACACAAGGCGCCAAAAUUUCAAACGCCACGUGUUUUUUUUGUCUUUUUAGUAAAUUGACGAACGAUCGGUGUUUUGAAAUCCCAAACUUCCGCUCUUUCGAGUUCACCGGACGGAGACAAUGGACCCCAACACUUCCCCGCCGUGCCCUACCACCGCCACCGUUCGUCGGAACCCUCACCGAAGAGCUCGCGCCACUCCCAAAACGACUCCGCAAAGCUUCGACUUACGUGAAAUCCCGCCAUUCCCCCACGACGACGUUUUGUCUGCACAAACACCAGAGAGCAAGUCAACGUCUCUCCCAAAAUUGGAUAACCAAAACUUAAAGGUUUUCCUCAGAAUCCGACCCCUCCCAUCCUCGCCUAUUCAAGCACCGCGCGUGAGAACCAAAAGCGCGUGGCCUCAGAACCCAAUCAAGAAGAACACAGCCGCAGGGACUAAAAUUUCGAAGAAAAAGAGCUCCGGCACGUGCAUAUUGGUCAACGAUUCACAGUCGGUGACAUUAUCAACCGCUUUGAGCUUGCAAGAGUCGAAGCGAAUAAAAUCAGAGACUUAUGGAGGCUUCUCACACGUUUUUUCUUCCGAUUCUUCCCAGUUUCAAGUGUAUGAGAGAAUGGUGAAACCUAUGGUGGAGGAGUUUCUGAAGGGUAGGAGUGGAAUGUUUGCUGCACUUGGGCCCAGUGGGUCAGGGAAGACUCAUACAGUGUUUGGAUGCGCAAGGGAUCCUGGAAUGGUACCUCUUAUACUACGCCAUAUUUUCAAGGAGACUGAGCCAGAUGCCAAACAAGAAUCCAGGUCCUUUUACAUGUCGAUAUUUGAGAUUUAUUCUGAACGGAGUAAAGCAGAGAAAGUGUUUGAUUUAUUACCGGAUGGUGGUGAACUAAGCAUGCAGCAAUCAACUGUGAAAGGACUGAAAGAGGUUCUUAUCUCUAAUGUUGAGCAGACAGAAUCCUUAAUAGCACAGGCAGUGCUAAAGCGUGCGACUGCGAUGACAAACACUAACAGUCAGUCCAGCCGAUCGCAAUGCAUCAUUAACAUAUGUGAUGUUCCCCAAAAAUGUAAAGGAGUGGUCAAUCCUAAGUCAAAUGGUGCUGUUUUGACUAUCGUUGACUUUGCUGGAGCUGAAAGAGAAAAAAGAACAGGGAAUCAGGGGACAAGAUUGCUUGAAAGCAAUUUUAUCAACAACACCUUAAUGGUGUUUGGCUUAUGCUUAAGAUCAUUAUUGGAGCAUCAAAAAAACCCCAAGAAGCCAUUGCAGAAGCACUUCCAGAACUCAAUGUUAACCAGGUACCUGCGAGAUUAUCUGGAGGGCAAGAAGCGCAUGACCUUGAUUUUAACAGCAAAGUCAGGAGAGGAAGAUUACCUUGAUACUUCUUACUUAUUGAGACAAGCUUCUCCUUACAUGCAAAUCAAGUAUAAUGAAGUUGAAACAUCAAACAUGGUUCCCAGAAAAAGGCAUUAUCAAACUUUAUCCAUAAUGGAUAAUGCAAAACUGUCACCUUUAUCAGAACAUUUAAAGAAAAUGAGACUUGUUAGUGAACAUACCGAGCAGAAUGAUGAAAAGAAUGUUGAAGAAAGGAAUUCUUUUAAGGAGGACGCUUCAACAAUCUGCAAAUUGGGUGCUAAUAGUUCUGUCUCUUUCAAGUCAGAGUGUGAUAGCCAGCUCCAGACUGAGAGAAGCCAUAUUAUUAUGCAGAAUUUUGCUAAAGUUAUAUGGAAUGUUUUGAAGCAAUAUAAUUCCAAACUGAAGGUUGCAGAAAUGGAAAUAGAAAGUCGCAAAGAAAGCAUUGGAUUUGAAAAGAAAAAAUUCUUGGAGCUGGAAAGACAGUUCAAUGAGUUUAAGGCCUGUUGUACUUGCUGCAAAGGAGGAAAAGUAAAAACAGAACCAGUAUAUUGUUCGUCAGUGGAUGUUGAUCAACCCAAUAACUGGAAGCAAGAGGAAAAAUUUCAUGCACAUUCAUCAUCUGAGCUUAGAGUUAACCAGUCGGAUGAAGAGGAACCCAUGCUUGCUACUAAGUUAGAUUCUGAAAACUUAGACAGGGAAGUUUUGGCUUCAUCAAAACCUGAACAUCAUAAUGAUUUGGAGGUUGAUGCUGGGAGCAAGAUACCAAGUGAAUCAUUUCAUACACAGAAAUUGCUUGAGCCUAGACCUGACCAGUCAGAUGAACAGCCUACACUUGGUACUUCCUCUACACAGUUAGAUUCUGAAAAAUCAGAUAGCGAAGUUUCAACCUCCUUGUCAAAACACGAGGAUCACAAUACUUUGGAGGUUGGGAGUGUGAGCAUGAUACCAAGUGGAACAUUUCAGUCAUCAUCUGAGCCUAGACUUGACCAGUCAGACGAAGAGCCUAUGCUCAGUCCUUCCUGUACAGAGUUGGAUUCUGAGAAGCCUGAGAGGAAAAUUUUGGCAUCCUCGUCAAAACAAACACAUCAUAAUCCUUUGGAGGUUGAGGCUGAGAGCGAGAUGCCAAUUAACUCGUUCGUCUCUUCGUCAUUGACAAAAGAUGACAUUUUGCAUCCUUUGUCGCUCAAAGAUGUUUUAUCUACUGAAACCCAUAACCUUGUGAGUGAUUCACGUGACGAGAUAGGUAUCAAUGACUCUCGCAAACCUGCUAAGCCAAAAAGGACACUUAUGCCUUCCUCAUCCAUGUUAUCAAGGGACUUGAGUGCCUUUGAUCUUUGCAACGAAUCCGAGAAAAUAAAGGGAAAUAGGAGCACAAGGAAGUUAGCCGCACAUGAUCCUAUAAGAUCGAAGGGAAGGAUCUCUUUGCUCCACAUGUUGCAAGGGAGAAAAAGCAAUCUUCAUCUAUAGCUUAGCCGUUGAAUCUUCGGAAGGGAUAGCCACUGAACUUUUUUUUGUGCAGUGUGUUGAUUUGCCAUUUUGGAACGUACCUUCUGCCUUGUAGUUGGUUAAUUUGAGUUCGCUGGUUACCGUUCUCAAGUUUUUUUGUGAAAGUUAACAACAUAGUUGUUUGCUGGUAAAUAGUUAUUUUUCAGUUGCACUCCACAGGAAAAAUGUACAAAUUGUGUAUGAAUAUAUACGUCCUAAAUAAAUGAGUAUCAUUGUUUUG